AUGUCUACUCAGAUGAUCUACACCGAGCAAGAGAAGCAGCUGGCGGUUUAUCGACGACUCGUAGUCCACGAGACCUUCGAUCAAUUUGUCACCUGGACUCAGACUCAGCUUGGUAAUCUGCCGAAUCUUACCUCUGAGGCUACUGUCAAGAGUUGGAUCGAGGACUACCAAAGAAGUCACAAGAGGGAUAGGUACAAGUUGUUUUGGAAGGAUGUAGAUAAUAAAUUUGCUGACGAUAUCCAACUCUGGACUGAGCAAGAAGGGGAGUCAUGUCAAAUGAACGGAUAUUCUGGACACAACAUCUCCCUCACUCCCAAUCAACAGCUCACCUUCGAGCGACGCCGACAGAUGAUUCGCGUAUUUCUCCAUCGCCAUAUGAGAAAUACCUCAAAAUCACUCUCGUCGCCUUUCAACCUGUCCCUGGUCGUAGAGGGACUGAAUCUACUAUGGCCUAUCAAUGAAGUUCCUGGCAAAUUACCUUUCACUGAGGACGAGAUCAUCAAAGUCAUGGAUUUCUCUCCUGACAUGCCUGCGCUUGAAGUUGUCCCAGCUUCCAUCAAAAAGUACUCAGCUCUGAUUGAAAACGUCAAAUGGAAACCGAAAGAAUCAUUUCAAGGUAGAGUGUGUGAAGAACGAGCGAAAAGAUGCGAAGAAUUAGCCUUAAUGGCCAAUGUCACAAUUCCAAGACACUUGAUCCUGUAUAAUUUACCUUUUAUCAGUACCGCCCAUCCCCACUAUGCAUGGUGCGGGAAGCCGGGAAAAUAUCCUGUCAAUCCUUUCUUUCAGUUCCCUUCGUCCAUUCCAGUCAGCCCCUCGACUGAACAGGUUGAGAAAUUAAUCGAGGACUACUUGGAGCAAGGUUGGGGUUUCGAAUCCGAUCAAAUAUCUUAUUCGCUCCGUGCGGGAAACGUCAACAACGUAGGAAUUAGACAUGUCGUUUACUACCUUGUUGGUCAGAAAUAUCCCUGGAUGAUGUACACAUUCGAGUUUGUACAGAAAAUGUUGGAUCGCUCAAAAUGGAGGUAUGCUGCUUUGAGUACGAAGAAGAUAGAUGUCAUGAAGCUUCAAGCUGAGAAAAUUCUGGCUUCCAAAUUCGCAGAACGAGAGUCUCGCGACGAAGAAGAAGAACAUCAAUAUAGAUUGAGCAUCGCUAGAGACUGCCUGAAAACCUGGUGUAAACUUGAAGCUGUAGAUGAAAAAACGUUCUUCGAUUAUAGAUUAUUCAUGCUCAUGAUGUCCGAUCGAGAUAGCUCAUUCCAGAACAUACAACACCCUCAUCUAUACCCCUUCUUAUACUCUUUCGCUAUUAGAGUUGGAGACAUAUCGGCCGACGAGAUGUAUACGCCUGUACCCUACACCACUCGAGAAUGGAUAUGGCGAUGGAUCCACUUUAUCAUCGAUCCGACUCUCGACUCGUCCUUGGUGAGCAAUAGUGCGCGUGGCUGUGAGUUCAGAGUAGGAUUAGUCAACUACUGUAAUGCUCGAGGCCACGAUCCUCUUCAAGAUAUCAUCAACGUCACUCGAUGGGAGAUAGAGCUGGUCCUUGAUUACUGGAUGUGUGAAGGCUCGUUCUAUGCUGCCGAUUGGGUGAUAUUAGCGAUCUGUAAUAGAAAACGUACAACCAUCCAACGACUCGUCCUUGGUCAAAGCCAUCGUUACCCUGUGGAAAUGCGAAGAGUAAGAGACUGGACUUUGCCAUUCGGUAGUGAAGAAUAG